AUGCUUCAGAAACAAAUAAUCACGUUCCCUUUCAGCAGUGCAGCACGAAAGAAGCGUUUUGUCAAAAACACCUCAAUUGAGGACGCAACCGUCUGCAACGAACAGAGCAGAAAUUUAUUCAAUGGUCAUAUCGCCAUCAGCGUUACCCAGCUGCUCGAAGAAAAUUUCAAAGGAGUUUUCCAUUGAACGUCUAACGAGAUGCUCGACACCAAACCAUCCGAACACCAUGAUAUAUUUGAGUGUCUUAAUAAAAUGGUUCACCAUGACAUCACCGUUCACAACGGGUUGGAUAAUGCGUUGAUGGUUCGGACAAUUCACGAGCAGUGUUCAUUCGUGCUGGCGAAUUGCGAAGCGUUCAGCGGUAAUGCAGUUUCCUUCGAUGGUGCGAAGAUUCGUUUUGCAAAAAUCGUUUUGCUGCUACCAACACUGUCGUUAAUACCUGUCGAUGCUGUUAUUCGCUCGUUCUUUGCCUCUGAUCCCGCCGAACAAAUCAAGCAAGCAUAUCAAAUCAAUGCUUCGUGA